GGUAUAGCGAGAAUACGGGGUGAAAAAAGAAAAAAGGUAGUAGAUUUUUGACGCAUGCGUUUUUCCUCGUUGUAUCGGUGUUCCAAAUAUGGCUCCUUAUGAAGAAUCAGCAGCAGAUGACCCCGUAUUUGGUUGUGUUUCAAAAGCUCAUCUCCGUUUUCAUCAUCUUCUUCCUUCGCCAUCUUCCCCAAACCCAAACCCAAACCCGCGCCACACGGCCCAAAUACACCACUUUUGAUACUCUCACUAUUCGCACACCCAACAACUUCAACGGAACGGAACCCCUUCCUCCUUCUUCCCCUUUCAUCCCAUUCCUAUGGCCAAGGGUUUCAGCUAAUAACACCCACGCGCCUACAUUCAGCGGAAGCAAUAGUGGUUUGUGAGGGUUUUCCCUCAGGAGUAGUUGGAACUGCAAGAGGGGGAACAGGAACCUGUGCUGUUGUAUAAUAACGAGUUUUAUAAUGGAAGAUUUGGGAGGUACCCGGUUCGAUGGCCUCAGCAGUGCUGUGAGGAGGAAGAGGAGUCAAACUUUGCGCCGGCCACGACCUGAUUCACAGCCUGCUUCAGAAGGUCAAGAAAUGUCUCCCUUGUCUUCGACGCCUUCAGAGGAUGUUGGCAAGGCCUCUAGUGAUGAGAAUGUUGGUUAUGAUGCGAAUUCCAAGAGAAAGGAAUUCAAUCUUAAUCACUGUGUCUCUCAAACCGUGUCUGCUACCGGAGCUGAAGAUGAUAAAUCCCAUAAAAAGAGUAAAAAGGAUGGAGGGUUCCAUGCGUUUUAUAAUAGUGAGCCUGGACGUAGUGGAUUGCAUAAUAAACGCUGUAGUGAAGGUGUUCUUGCUCCAGCAAAUUGGAAAGGUUCUAGCAAAGCAAAGGAUAGCUUGGAUUCAGAGUUGAGAAGCGUGGAUUUAUAUGGUGGAAGGAAUCCAGAGAGUCUGAGUUUGGGGCAAUUUGGUGGCUCUCAGGAUGGAUUGGGGAAUGAGAGCCGGGUUAAAAAGGUUAAACUCAAGGUUGGCGGGGUGACGCGUACUAUUCAAGCCAAUUCAGCAACCAAUGGUGCUUCAGGGAGUGGGUCAACAAUGAAGAGUUCUCGUUCAUUGGAUGCGUCCAGACCACGCCAAAAGCAACAGAGUAAUUCAGACGAUAAUAAUUCUCCUUCUGAGAAGAGGAGUGGUCUACAAGGUGUUCCGUGGAAGGAUUUCUCAAGAGGUGGUUUCGGUCUUGGGAAGGAGGAAUCGUCGAUGGGGAAGAUUUCUGGAAAGAACACAUCUAGUAAGGUGGGAGACAAGUCUGAACCGGUUCGUAAGAGCAAGCGAGUACCAAAGAGACGUGUACUUGAUGGAGAAUUUGGCGACGAUGAUGACGACGACGAUGAAAUUCGGUACUUGGAAAAGCUGAAAACGUCCAAAGUUUCUGCAGUCUAUAGAGAUGAAGAAGAAUUAAGCAAGAAACAUCGAAAACUAUCCAGUGUCUCUAAUAUGGAAAAUGCUGCCUCAACUAGGUCAGGCAAAGACGGUAAGAAAAGGUCUAGAUCUGAUAGAGUGUAUGAGGACACAGAUUAUGAGGACGAAGAGGAGUCAGGGUCUGAUGGUGAGGUUGAGGAUAAGAAAAAGAAAAAACAGAGGAAGGAAUCUGUUGAUGUAUUAAUGGACAGUAAGAGGGAAAUGACUCUUACAACUCGUCAACGUGCCCUUCAAUCAAGCAAAGAUGCAUCUGCAUCUGGUGCUAGUUUAAUCGAGUUUCCCAAUGGAUUACCACCUGCCCCACCUAGAAAGCAAAAGGAGAAGCUUUCAGAGGUAGACCAGCAAUUGAAGAAAGCUGAGGCUGCCCAGAGGCGUAGAAUGCAAGUUGAGAAAGCUGCCAGGGAAUCUGAGGCUGAAGCUAUCAGAAAAAUACUUGGUCAAGACUCCAGCAGGAAAAAGCGAGAAGAGAAAAUAAAGAAGCGCCAGGAAGAACUGGCACAGGAAAAGGCAGCCAAUGCACUAAUGCUUGCAUCAGAUACCAUCAGAUACACAAUGGGCCCAACUGGAACAAUUGUGACUUUUCCUGAGGAAAUGGGGCUUCCUAGCGUAUUGAACUCCAAACCUGUUAGUUAUCCCCCACCUCGCGAGAAGUGUGCUGGUCCAUCUUGUACAAAUCCUUACAAGUAUCGGGAUUCAAAAUCAAAGCUUCCUCUUUGCAGUCUCCAAUGCUACAAGGCUGUUCAGGAGAAGGUAGCGGCUGAAACUAUCUGUUGAUGCUGUCAUUGAUCAUCUAUCACUGGUUUCUGCCAGUUAUAUGGCACCGUCAUGUUUUUAUCUUUCACAGAGGCUUUUGCUAAGCAAUUGUCCAUUGAUCGUUUGGUAGAGAGCUCAUAUCGCGGAUUGUGCAUUUGCUUUAUUAUACUUUUUUUUUUUAAAUGCUGGUAUAAGAGGUUAUGUGAUAUUGGUAUCCAAUUAACUGGGAAUGGAUACAUAUAUAGCAUGGACAGACCUGUCUUGUUUUGUUUAUUACCCUGGCUUUUUUAGUAGGAAUACUAGAUGAGUCAUUUUGACGUUAACUUGCAAUAGGAAAAUUAAAGGAACUUGUAUGUUUUUGCGAUGAAUGCAUGGUUGCUCCUUUUAAAAUAGUUAA